AUGCACCGCAGUGACUACGAGAGCACAGACAUUGAGGACGACGAGCGCUGCCGACGGGAUUGCGCUGCUGGCAAACAGCACGAGGAUGAUGAAGCGCUCAGAGUCGAACACUCUUCUUGUUUCCUGUCACUUCCCUCCACCCCGACUCUCGUCCUCCUCCUGCCUUCUCACCAUACUCUUUCCCCGCCGACCAUGUCUCCUUCGUGCAAGCAUUCCUUGGCCUUCGCGCACCGACGCGUGAAGGAGAGACUUCGUGCCGUAGUAGAUCGUCUCCACAUCAAGAGGCACUCUGUCACCCAUAAUCCACGACCCAACUGCUCUAACCGCUUCAUUCCUUCAGAGAUAUGGGCCAUCAUCAUCAAGCAUGCAUGUCUGAGUGACCACGACCCACUCGACACCUCGCAGGAACUCUCCUUUCUCGAGUCGUCCCACGCUCAGCUCGCCACCUACCGCGCCGUCAUGCGCAUCAAGCUCGCGCUUUUAAUGGUCUGCCGUGAGUGGAACGCGCUCGCCCGGCCCUUUCUCUACGAGUUCAUCUGGAUUAGCCGCGCCACACAGGCGCAACUCCUCGUGCGCACGCUCGUUACCGAGUCGUUCCAGUACCCCUACUCUUGCACCAGUGGCCAGUACCUCCGCCGCCUGCACAUCGAGACGCUCUCUCUCGAACGCUGCUCUCCAGCCGAUCUCCGCACCAUCCUCGAGUUCGCGCCCCACCUAUCUAUCUUCUCCGAUCACCAUUCCGUCCGCCGGAGUCUCCUGGAAAACCCCUCAGACCCACGAUGUAGCCCAGAGGAGAUCUUGAGGCUGGUUGCACAUCCAAAGAUCCGACGCCUAAGCUGGACCUGCUACGACGACCGCCCCUUCCAGCUGCGAAUGCACCCACUUGAGUGCAACCUCGCGACGCGACUCGAGUAUCUCGAGCUCUCGUGCUAUUCACCGCACUUCCGCAUCAUCCUCGCCGAGUCGCUGUCACAGCCCAAUGGAGAGAAGAUCGACAUGGACGUCUCGCUCCCGUCGUUACGCGCUCUCAAAGUGUCACUCGACAAUAACACGUUCGCUGCACUCGCCUCAUGGGAGAUGCCGAGACUCAUGAACCUUUCCGUCGUUUCCUCCGACUUCAGCUACACCGGGCUUGGUUUCGCACAGUUCUUCCAGGCGCACGGAAGCAAGCUCAGCCAGCUCGAGCUCGGACACUCGUCUGCGAUCAUCGAGGAGCACUACCUCACCACGCCACAUCACGUGCUUCAGUUACAGCAGAACGCGCACGCGUUGCGCCCGAUCCCGCUAGCGGAUUGGUGCCCGAAUCUCCGCGAGUUCAUAUGCUCCGCUGACGCCGAGUGGCACUGGCAGUCGCCUGACUGGAUCGCGCCACAUAUCCUCCUCCCUGCGCACCCACGUAUCGAGCUCAUUGGCAUCCGCGACAUCGACACACGUCUCCUCGAAGACGCACCGGUGCACGCGGGCGACACGCCGUACUUCCCACUCUUCGAGCAACUCUCGUCCCUGCUGCACCGCGACGCGUUCCCGAGUCUCCUUUACGUGCGCGAUAUGAGCGCAGAGAGCCAUCGCAUGCGAACAGACAGGCCUGAUCGCCGCGUGGUGCAGUUCUGGACACGUGUCGUCGAGCGGUGUCGUGAUCGCGAGGUGUACCUCGAGGACUACAGCGGCGUCAAUAUCACCUUGCGAAAUCUUCAGCAGGCCGUUAAGGCUUGCUGUUAG